GUAUUCUUUUCUUUUUCUUUUUGCUUUACUACAAUAAUGUCGACAGGUAGCAAAAGAUCGAAUGACCAAUCACCAGAAACGGAAGAAGCCAAACGUAUUCGGGUAGGUGCUACACGCAAUACAGAUAUUCAUAUGGUACCUCAAGCACCCAAGGUACCCAAAACCAUGGUGGAAAAGGAAAAUGCUCGACGGUUGAUUGUGAUUCUGGAAGGGGCUACAUUGGAAACGCUCAAGGUUGGCAAGAAAAAGGAAGGCAACUAUCAAUUGUUAAAUGUGGAUGAUCAUUUGCAUAUUUUGAAAAAGACCGGCCGGGAAACUUAUGAAGCUCGACCUGACAUUACACAUCAAUGUCUUCUCACUUUACUCGACAGUCCACUCAACAAGGCAGGGUUACUUCAAGUCUUUAUCCAUACCCAAAAGAAUGUCCUGAUUGAAGUCAAUCCUCAUAUUCGUAUUCCUCGUACUUUUAAACGUUUUGCUGGUUUGAUGGUUCAAUUAUUACAUAAACUUAGUAUUCGUGCUGUCAAUGGUCAAGAAAAAUUAUUACGUGUGGUAGAAAAUCCAGUGACAAAAUAUUUGCCUACCAAUAGUUACAAAAUGGCAUUAUCUUGGGAUGCACCUACUGUCAAGUUAUCAGAAUAUAUGCCCACCAUUCCUAGUGAUAAGAAUAUUGUGGUGGCCAUUGGAUCUAUGGCUCAUGGUACAGAUGAUUUUGCAGAUGCCUAUGUGGAUGAAAAGAUCAGUGUAUCGGAUUAUUCUUUAUCAGCCUCUGUAGCUUGUGGCAAGAUUGCUUGUGCUGUAGAAGAAUUAUGGGGAAUUGUAUAGAAAUAAUCAUCUCCUGUUUUUUUUUUUUUAGUAUAUAUAUAUAUUUUUGUAUCAUUCAUCAUCAUUCUUUAUUAGUCACUUCAUUUAUUUGUAUGAAAAUAAACUUUUUUUUUAUUUCCAC